AUGUCGACCACACAAACACUGAAGAUGAGCGCUUCUGUACAAUACAUCAGAAAACUACUGAGCAAAAGCGGCUGCGCCACAAAUAACCUGCUAAACACUGGACAUAAAAUACAAAGGAACACUAGUGACUGUAAAACCACCAAAAACAAAGACGGAAAACCCCUUACAAGAAAGGUUCUGCAAACUCAAGAUAAGACAUCAGAGCAGUGCAUAAGGAAAAGUGUAAUAUUACGAAGAACAGAAAAUGAAACUUUUGGCUUUGACAUCCAGGAUCUGGGCUCGUGUAUGUGUUUUGUGAAGGAGGACAGUCUUGCGGAGAGCUGUGGGUUAAUGACCGGUGAUGUUAUUAUUGCGGUUAACAGUGUGUCCAUUGCUGGAUUCACUCAUCAGCAGCUCAAGGAUCUGCUUCAGAAGACGUCCAUCUUAAUGCUGGAGAUUGUCAGAAGCUCUACAGAAAAGCAGAGACAGUUGCUUAUCAGACUUUAUGUUCUUCAGCGUGAGUUUGCAGAGAAAAGCGCUGAGCUCCAGACACUCAACAGAGAGGAAGUGCGUCUCAGAGGAGAUGCCAUGAAUCACAUUCAGCAGAAUGAUGUACUUUCUACAGGAUCUUCUACUGCACUUUCUGAAAGAACAGAUUGACUCUACUCACACUUGAUUAAAACAAAUAAAGGUUGAUUUUCUACUCUGUGAGCACCUGGACUUUAACAGGACUUUUGUGAAUUCAAGAAACUAAUCUUGGCCAUAUGACCAGGAAAUGCAAUUAGUUAACAUGUUGUGACUAGGAACUGUAAGCUGACUUAAUUUUUAUAAUUAUGCACAUUUACUUAAUAGAUUUAAGACUUUGCGUUUACUUGCUUUUUAAAGUCAUCAACUAAUUGUUUUUUACAGUGAAUAGACAAGAGCCUGUACUUUCUGUCAUGGU